GCGAAAUGUGUUUCAAAUGAACUGAAAGAAAGUAGUUUUUUGUAUCAGUUAGAUAUUUUUAUGGUUUGGAAACAUUGUAGUUUCAGUGCUUGUAAUCAUCGGUGAAAGUGUUCAGAGAUAUAGAAGAAGAAAAAAAUCGUUUUUGGUGUUCUGACAAAAAUAUUACACGAUCGUCAUCAGUCGAUACAAAUAAUACUGACUGGCAGUGAGAUGGUUCCGUCAAACAGUUUAGUCAAAGGACUGGACAAAUUAUGUCGAGUGUCGAGUGGUAAAAGUGGAAGUUCGGUGAAGAGUAGCGCUUGUGCUCGCGUUCCAAAGUGUGCCAGGUGCCGUAAUCAUGGUGUUAUUUCGGGACUUAGGGGUCAUAAGAAGCACUGCAUGUAUCGAAGUUGUCGGUGCCCGAAGUGUGAAUUAAUUCAUGAACGACAGAGGAUCAUGGCUGCACAGGUUGCUCUUAAGCGACAACAGGCUGUUGAAGAUGCAAUUGCCCUACGACUUGCAUCGAACGAAACUGGAUCAUCGUUGGAAGUGCUGCCGCCAGGAAAAAUAUUUGGAAUGAACGUUACCGAACCAUGUGUUUCGCCACACAAAGCCCAAUCAGAGCCCGAGAAAAAACCGACAACACCUCAGCCGGUCGUCUCUGAAAGUGCUAUCGACAUGCUAGCGCAACUGUUUCCACAUAGGAAACGAUCCGUUUUGGAACUGGUGUUAAGACGGUGUGAUUUGGAUUUGCUGCGUGCUAUCGAACAAUGUGGUCCUACACCCAGUGCAUUUCGGCCGCCCACCUCAAAGAGUCAACCGAUAACCAUACAUAGUCCGUCGAAUCAGGCGUUACAAUCUCAAUCACAUUUCGGUCCAGUGUUUGCUUAUCCAAAAUGGUUGCUGCCGAUGUCCAUUCCCGUUACAAUGGGACAUUUACCUAAUUUAGCGCCAAGGUGUACACAGGAAAACUGUCCGAUGUGCAUUCAUUCGAUGGCGGUUUAACCGCAUCGUUUCAACAUGCAAAACAGGAAACUUAUGUGGAAUAUUACGAGCAUACAAUUUAAGUCUAAGUCUAGCGAUAUAAGUUCAGAUCAAUUUAUUUUAAAUCUUUGCGU